ACCUCUGGAAGUCCAAGUGUCUCUCUUAUUCUAUAUUCUCUCAGCGAACUAAUCCUCCCUCUUAUCAAAGAGAGACCGAAAAUAAUAGGAGAGCUCUCUGAAAGCCAAGCCGGGGCUUUCGGAAGAUCUGUGCUUAUGCCGCGGUGUGGUCAAGGACCAUUUUCGUGGAGGCUAAUAUCAAGAUGAUGCGAGCGGAGGGGAAGGCGGCGAGGAGCGCAAACCGAUCGUCGCCGUGGAAGAGCAGCUAUGUUGCGUACGGCCUGUUACUUGGCUCCCUGUUGGUGUUGCUCUACCUGAUGGUGUCGACGCAGUUCAGCUACAGCCAGAAAGCUACUGUAGAUGAUGCGGGCAGAGGAAUGGAGGAAUUCAGCAGGGAGCAGGAGGAGGAAGAGAAGGCCAAGGCGCACACGGAACCAUCAACACCACGGCGUCAAGGCAACGAAAUGAAAUCCGACAAUUGGGAGGCGAAAAGCCAAGCCAAGAACGAGGAGACAGCCGAGUCCGACAAAUUUGGAGGAGGAACAGAUGACUACAACAAUGUGGCCAACACCAAGCCGAUCUGCGACACAUCGUUCGGCAAGUACGAUAUCUGCGAGCUGGCCGGCGACACGCGCGCCCAGGGAGGCCCCGGCGCCACCGUCACGCUCGUCUCGCCACGGGCUCCCCCCAAGGAGUGGCAGAUCAAGCCCUACUCCCGCAAGUACCUCGACGGACUGAAGGCGGUCACGGUGAAGUCCGUUCCAAACCCCGGUGACGUCCCGCAGUGCACGACACAACUCAACAUCCCGGCGAUGGUGAUCGAGCUCGGCGGGCUCACCGGCAACUACUGGCACGACUUCACCGACGUCCUCGUCCCGCUCUUCAUCGGCGCGCGCCGCUUCAACGGGGAGGUCCAGCUCCUCGUCGUCAACCUCCUGCCCUUCUGGGUGGACAGGUACAAGCGGAUCUUCGGCCAGAUCUCGCGCCACGACAUCGUGGACUUUGAAAACGACGACGGCGCCGUCCGGUGCUACCCGCACGUCGUCGUGGGCUACGGCAGCCGCAAGGAGUUCACCAUCGACCCCUCCCUGGACGAAACCGGCGGGGACUACACCAUGGUUGACUUCACCAAGUUCUUGAGGCACGCGUACUCGCUGCCGCGUGACCGGCCGAUCAAGCUCGGCGACGUCCGUCCGCUCGGCGGGCGCCGUCGGCGUCCGCGAAUGAUCAUCCUGGAGAGGACAAACAGCCGGAAGAUCCUCAACCUCCCGGAGGUCAUCGCGGCGGCGGAGGCGGCGGGGUUCAAGGUGAUCGUGGCCGGGCGCCCGAAGGCCAGCUACGACGAGUUCACGCGGGAGAUGAACUCCUUCGACGUCAUGGUCGGCGUGCACGGCGCCGGGCUGACAAACUGCGUGUACCUGCCCACGGGGGCCGUGCUCCUGCAGAUCGUGCCGUACGGCCGGCUGGAGGAGAUCGCCAGGACCGACUUCGGGGACCCGGCCCGCGACAUGGGGCUCCGGUACAUCGAGUACAGCGUGGCGGCGGAGGAGAGCUCGCUGAUGGGCGUGUUCGGGAAGGAGCACCCCAUGAUCAAGGACCCCGCCGCCAUCCACUUGAGCGGGUGGGGGAACGUGGCGGAGUGGUACCUCGGCAAGCAGGACGUGCGGAUCAACGUAGAGAGGUUUAGGCCCUCUCUGCUGCGGGCAUUGGAGCACCUGCAGUAG